GAACACCGGGGACAGUCCCGGCUGUUUGACUCGGCACCAAUUGUGCGAUGUGCACUCUGGCCCCGUGGUGUGGGUCACAAGACCAGCCAACCACCAUCAGUCACUCCUGUAAGCAAAGGUCUCCAGGUGGACUUCUGGGUGGUUUUCUUAAGAAUUAAUGCACGCUGUUCGUGUGCUGUCUUGGACUUCAGCCUCCUGCAAUUUCACGGCCCUCACCAGCUUGGAGACAAUAUGUGGCUGUGGACAGCUCUGCUCCUGUGGGUUCCAGUUGGUGGGCAAGAGGACCCCACGAAGGCCAUGAUCACCCUGCAGCCUCCGUGGGUCGAUGUGUUCCAAGAGGAAGCCGUGACCUUACAGUGUGAAGGGCCACGUCAGCCUGGGGACAGCUCUGCACAGUGGUUUCUCAACGGCACAGCCAUUCGGACCCUGACCCCCAGGUACUACAUCAUUGGUGCCCAGGCCAAUGAUAGUGGUGAAUACAGGUGCCAGACGGAGCUCUCAGCACCAAGUGAACCCGUGCAGCUGCAGGCGCACAGAGAUUGGCUGCUGCUCCAGGUCUCUGGCAGAGUCUUCACCGAAGGGGAACCUCUGACCAUGAGGUGUCACGCGUGGAAGAACAAGAUAGUGCACAAAGUGAUUUUCUAUCAAAACGGCAAAGCCUUUAAGUAUUCUUUUCAGGAUUCUGAACUCACCAUUCCAAACACUAAUGUGAGUCAUGAUGGCAUUUAUCACUGCUCGGCCAUGGGAAGGUAUCGCUACACAUCAGCAGGAGUGUCUGUCACUGUGCAAGAGCUCUUUCAGGUUCCGGUGCUGAGGGCAUCCUCCCCUCUGCCCCUCCAGGAGGGGAGCGCGGUGACGCUGAGCUGUGAGACAAAGCUGCUCCCGGACAGCCCUGCCUUGCGCCUUUACUUCUCCUUCUACGUGGGCAACAAGACCGUGCAGGCCAGGAACGUGUCCUCCCAAUACCAGAUACCACGUGCCGGAGGGGAGGACUCGGGCUCGUACUGGUGUGAGGCGGCCACGGAGGACGGAGGGGUGCGGAAGCGCAGCGUCGUGCUGGAGCUGGGGGUGCUCGGCUCCCAGCCACCGCUUCAUGUCUGGUUUCACGUCCUUCCGUUUCUGGUAGUUGGGAUAUUAUUUCUGUUUGGCACCAUUCUCUGUUUGAAACUACGUAAAGAAUGGAAAAGAAAGCAAGGGAGGACUUUAGAGAUCCCCCUGUCUUCUGGCCCUGUGAAGAAUAUAACCUCCUACCUUCAAAACUACAGACAUUUGGAGGAAGAGCUGAGGGGCCAGGAGCAAGAAGAGCUGGAAGAAAGGGCACCCCCGAAGCUCCAGGAGACGGAGCUUCCGUAGCCCUGGAGCCAGACUCCAGGCUCAAGCCCUGCCCCUCUGGGCUAGCGCUGCGCACAAGGCUGAAAACUGAAUGACAUUCGAACUGCAGCUCCCAUGGCAUAGAACUCUUAAACAAAGCAAUAAGUAACCCGACUUUAACUGACAUGAAUUUGGAGGGCCUGUGCUGUGGCAUAGUAGGUUAAGCCUCUGCCUGUGGUGCUAGCAUCCCCAUUUGAGUUCUGGCUGCUCCUCUUCCCAUCCAGCUGUCUGCUGUGGCCUGGGAAAGCAGUAGAGGAUGGCCCAAGGCCUUGGGCCCCUGCACCCAUAUGGGAGACACCUGAAAGAAGCUUCAGGAUCCUGGCUUCCAGCGGAUGGAAAACCUCUCUCUCUGCCUCUGCCUCUCUGUAACUCUGGUUUUCAGAUACAAAAAUCUUUUAAAAAAAUUGGAAGUCAAGUCUAGCCUGAUUAUUAGUUUGGAAAAUAGUAUGCUUUUGAAGACAGGAUAAAAAUGUGAAGUCCACAUGUGCAUACAUACAAGAGAAUCAGACACAGAAAGAAUGAGAGAGGAGUCACAGAUAGGGGUGGAGGCAGAGAGAAAGGUUCCAUCUGCUGUUUCGCUCCUCAAAUGGCUGCAACAAUGGCGUGGGGUUGAUCCAAAGCUUCUUCUGGGUCUCCCAUGCUGGUGCAGGGUCCCAAGCACUUGGGCCAGGUCUCGAAACACUGCCCAUAUGAGAUGCCAGCACCGCAGGCAGGGGCUUAACCUACUACACCACAGCGCCAGCCCCAAAAAUCAAAUAUAAUAAGGAAAAACUGUAUGAGGAGGCUUUCCUUCUUACCUUUUCCCUGAAAUUCCCAAAUCUCUCCCCAGACAGGCAGCACAAAGGCAGAUCAGCUCAAUCCAGUCCACAGCCCAGCUCACAGGAAGGGGCAGUCUCUCUCUCUGUUUCUAGGCUGUGGCUCCCUAGGCUCCCAUCGGAGGGUCCUGAAUUUCCACUGCUAGUUCCCCUCUUUCUCCACCACGCUAGUGAAAGCUUCACUGGUCACCCUUGCAGCAUCUCACCUACACAGAGCUGACUUUGCAGGUGCCCGGAGGGCAAAACUUCACCCAGUGUCCAGCUCACUUAUCUCCAGGAUCUUAAUUUUCAGGCCUGAAUACCUGGGCAGUCCUACAUGUCUCCCUCACUCUCGCCCUCGCCAUUUCCACUAAGCUAAUCAAAGUGCUACUGUUUUUUAGUAGUUGUCUCCUCCCCAACUUCCUAGUCACUCAUCCUUUGCCAAGAACUAGCAAAUGCCCCAAGGGUAAAGUCAAAGUCCUUUCAGUCUGCUGAACUUCUCACUUUGGAUCUGGCCAUACUGGUUUGAAUUGCCUACGUAGCUUUCCAAACACUCCGCACAGAAUUUCUUUGAACCAGAAUUCAUUGACUUGUCAGAGCGUGCACCAGCUUGCUACACAUAUUCUCACAUAGCAGAAAGAGGAAAUACUCUGGAAAUUCCAGGUAAAUUAAUUUUCCUACUUUGAUUUCUUAAAGGUCUAAGGAAUUCAGAUUCCUAGAGGUGGAAAAUGGAACGGUGCUUGUGGUGAAGAGAAGAGAAGGUGGCAUUGUUGUGUGAUAGGUAUGGGAGUUCACUCUGUGUGGUGGAGGGAGUGACGGUCCCACGGCAGCAGGAGCGUACUGAAUGCCAGGGAGCUGUGCCUUUACUGUCUUCACAGCAAGCCAGACAGUGCAUUUUAUGGGGUGUGGAUUUUAGCACAGUGUUUGAAACAUUUAAAAACUAUUAGGCCUACCGAACCCUCAUAAUUCAAUGAAACAAAGAAGAGGAGGAGAAAGAACAAACCACAGGAUUGUGCCUGCCCCAGGCCAUGUCCCUCAACUACCAGUGGUCAUGACCUUGGCUCUUCUUAAUGGUGGAAGCAACAGUGACAGUGUCUUCAUCACUUAUACUUGGACUUAGAUCAAGGAGAAUUCCUGGAGUGACAAGUCAGGGUGAUAGCCCAUAAAACAGCCAGCAAUCAUGUUUUGCAAACAACAUGAAUUCGCAAAGCACAUUCCUAUCUGGCCGUAUCCAUGUAACCAUUGCCAGUGAUUACUUAACGCCCUCUUUACAUUGAUUUAUUUAGGAAAAAAUUACUUUAAAAUUUAACUUGUAUCACUAUCAAAACAGGAAUGGCUGACUAAAUUGUUAUAAACAGGAUCUAGGUAUAUAAUAACCUAAAAUGUUCAAAAGUACCAGUGAGGGCCGGCGCCGCGGCUCACUAGGCUAAUCCUCCACCUUGCGGCGCCGGCACACCGGGUUCUAGUCCUGGUCGGGGUGCCGGAUUCUGUCCCGGUUGCCCCUCUUCCAGGCCAGCUCUCUGCUGUGGCCCAGGAGUGCAGUGGAGGAUGGCCCAAGUACUUGGGCCCUGCACCCCAUGGGAGACCAGGAUAAGUACCCAGCUCCUGCCAUCGGAUCAGCACAGUGCACCGGCCAUGGAGGCCAUUGGAGGGUGAACCAAUGGCAAAGGAAGACCUUUCUCUCUGUCUCUCUCUCUCACUGUCCACUCUGCCUGUCAAAAAAAAAAAAAAGUACCAGUGAAAAAAUACAGAAUUGUCAGAAAGUAGAACUGAUUCAAGGUAAAUAUCGCCAUUGUUAAAGAGGAAGAAAAUAAAACAGAAGCAAUUCAAAGUUUGAGUGACAUGACAGAGUCAGGAUAUGGAAAAAGCAAGGCCCUGCCCAUGUUUGUGGGAUGCCAGACUGGGAGAUCAGUGUCUCUGAGAUUUAAAGAUGUUGAAUUACAGUGAUUGACAACCUUGCAGUGGGCUCUCAAGGUGGAAGAAAUGGACAGUGCAUUUACCACCGAGUCCCUGCUCAGGUUUCCUUGGGGGUCUUCACUAGGGCACCCUAGGGGGUUCCACAACCUUUUAUAGCAACCUAGAGCAACUCUGGGAUUGGAGAGAUCAAUGCAAGAAACCCCGGUCUGUGGUUGGUUUACUGCUGUCCCGUGGCAGCCAUGGUGUGGAACGGUUCUUUACCAGCUAAAGGAGGAUGCUGAGACCUUCCUCUCAACUGCAGCUCACAGACCACCUAGAUGGAGGUCAGGACAGACCCAGGAGCUGCGCCUGUUAGAAAUGAACUAAAUGAACUAAGAUGAACCUAAUGCUGAGCAGGAAAUCAGACAUUAGAAAUCUUAUCUGCGAACGACUGAGCUAGAUGAAUGAAUAAGAGCAGUCUUUCCUAGUAUGGGUGCCACUUGACGCUUUCUGACAACCGAGCAUCGGAAACGUGGCUAGUGUGACUGAGGUACUGAAUUUUUAGCUUUUUUUUUAAUUUGUCUUGCUUGUUGAUUUUUUCCCUCCUUUUAUUGAGUUGAUUUUUCUAAAAUAAAUUUUUUAAUUUUAAGAUUUGACAAUUUUUAACAUUUUGCCACACUCACUUCUUAUGUAGAUAUUAAUGCAUAUACAUAUGUAUAAUUUUUUCCUAAAAGAGAUAUAUUAAGAGCCCAAAAUAUGAGAUUCAUGACAAUGGUUAUAAUAUGGGGAAAGAAGUGAAGCAAUAUUUAUAACUAUAUACCAAAUAAUUUGACACCUACACAAUUUUUAUACUGCCUAUAUAUUAACAUCCACAAUAAGUAGAAACGUGCAAUAUUUGUCUCUUUGGGUCUGGCUUACUUCACUUAGCCUAAUGAUCUCCAAUUCCAUCCAUACUGUCAAUGUCAGAAUUUCAUUCUUUUUUGUGGUUACAUAAUAUUCCGCCAUGUAUGCAUACCACCUUUUCUUUGUCCAGUCAUCAGUUGAUGAACAUAUAGCCUGAUUCCAUAUCAAUCCUACAGUGAAUUGGGUUGCAAUAAACAUGGGACUGCAGAUAUCUCUUUCACAUGCUGGUUUCACUUCCUUUGGAUAGAUUCCAGUUAGUGGGAAUGGGUCACAUGGUAGAUCCAUUUUUAGUUUUCUAAGGACUCUCCAUACUGUUUUCCUUAAUGGUUGCAUGUAAUUUGUAUGUAAUUUUUUAUAACAGUUGUAUAUAGUCUGCAUUCUCACAAACAGUGCAUUAGGACACACUUUUCUCUACAACCUCGCCAGCAUUUGUAAUUUUUUUGAUUUUUGGAUCAUAGCCAUUCUGACUGGAGUGAAGUUAUACCUCAUUGUACUUUCUUUGCAUUUUGCUGAUGGCUAAUGAUCCUGAGCAUUUUUAAUAUGCCUGUUGGCAAUUUACAUUUGAUCUUUUGAGAAAUGUUUGUUUGUAUCAUUUACCCAUUUCUUUUUUUUUAAGAUUUAUUUAUUUAUUUUGAAAGUUGGAGCCACAGAGAGAAGGGGAGAAACAGAAAGAGAUCUUCUAUACACUGGUUCAAUGGCUGCAAUAGCUAAUACUGGGCCAGGCCAAAGUCAGGAACCAGGAGCUCCAUCCAGGUCUCCCAUGUGGGUGGCAGGGGCCCAUAUGCUUGGGUCAUCUGCUGCUGCUUUUCCCAGACCAUCAGGAGUGAGCUGGAUUGGAAGUGGAGCAGACAGGAACCAACACCCAUGUGGGAUGCUGGCAUCACUGGCAGCGGCUUUACCCACUACCCCACAGCCAGCCUCUCCGUUGCCCAUUUCUUAACUGGAUUGUUUGUUUGUUGUUGUUUCUUGAACUUGUUAUACAUUCUGGAUAUUGAUCCUUUUUCAGAUGCGUAGUUUGCAAACAUUUACUCUCAUUCUGUCGGUUGUCUCUUCACUUGGUUGCUUCCUGUGCUGUGAGGCAGCUACUUGGUGUGGUGUAAUCUCGUUUGUCUGGUUUUGCUUUUAUUGCCUGUGCUUUUGAGGUCUUCUUGGAAAAAAAAAAAAAAAAGACUUUGCCUAGGCCAAUGUCUUGCAGCAUUUCCUCUGUGUUUUCUCUAGUAGUUUGUUACUUAUACUUAAUUUCAACUAAUUUAGACUUAAAUAGUCAUAUAUGCCUAAUAGAUAUGGUAUAGCACGGCACAGGUUAGAAAAAAAUCACCUUUAUAUUAUAAAAUCAUGUUUUAGUUCUGUAUAGCAACAAAAAGAUUUACUAAGAUGCCACAUUUAAUAGCCAAACUCAGUGGCUUUCCCCACCUGCCUGGCUGCAGCUGAGUGCCGGUUCAUGCUCAGGGGCCGCCUCCCUUGCAGCCUUUCCUUCCUAAUCACAUCUUCAUGCCUUCACCAGUGGACACCCCAGCCAGUCCCACUCUGCGGCGGUGGACUCCCACCUGCUUGGGCUGGUCACAGAGCCCUGUGCAGGUGGUGCUUUCUCCUCUCCUUCCAAGACUGACUGGCCCCGCUGUGACACAGUGUUAGCUCAAGCAUGAUGGGCUGCGCAUGCCGGGAGCACCCAUGUUUCUGAAGCAGAUUGGGACAGAGGUGGAAAUCCAGGCUGUGACUGGUGGGAGGCCACAUAAUGCUAUGCAGUAUUUAGGUGGCUUAGGUGACAUAAGAGUAAGGCAAUCGUGUGGGCAAUGGUGGGUCACUGACAGAAUUUGUGUCCCAUCCCCAGGACACCAAAUUUGAUGUCCAGCAAGGCCAUUUAACUGAAUAUUGCACAACUAGUUUCUUGGUUG